AUGAGCAAAAGAAGUUACCGUGAAUUGCCCUGGAAACUCUACGGCGAGUGCAUGCGAAACCACGCCGCCGCCCUCGGAGCCUACGCUUCCGACGGCUGCGGUGAGUUCGCCGCCGACGACAUCUCUCUCCCUGCCACCUACUUUUGCUCCGCCUGCGGCUGCCACCGCAAUUUCCACCGCAAGCUCUUCGACACCUCUGGGUACUCCUCCCACUUCCCACCGGAAACCGCUGCUGUGGCGGUAUCCGAUAACCGCUCCGACGGCCGGCGAAGAUCGAGGACUAAGUUCACUGCCGAACAGAAGGCUCAAAUGAAGAGCUUUGCUGAACGGCUCGGGUGGCGAAUGCCGAAGCGGCCUGAGGCGGAGGAAGAAUUAGAGGUUGAAAGAUUCUGUAAUGAGAUUGGGGUUAGCCGCCAUGUGUUUAGAGUAUGGAUGCAUAAUCACAAGGGCGGUGGUGGUGGCUGCGGCGCAGGAGGGGUGGCGGCGCCGGCAAACUCUUCCUCGGCGACAAAUAAUUCUGACGGGGUUGUGGUUGGCGGCGGCGGCGGCGCUGGAGAAAGCGAGGAGCGGGAUGGAGAUAGAAAGAGUACUACAGCUGUUUGA